UGCUACCGGAGAUAGAUAGAGAGAGAGAGAGAGAGAGAGAGGACCGCCCCGAGUUUGAGGGGUGUUGGGCACUGCCCCCUCUUGUAGUGCGGCGGCAGAGAGGGGAGGGUACGAGAGGAUGGGGAAGGGCGGCCGGCGUUUGGCGCUGCGCCCCUGCGGCGAGCGAGACGGUUCAGCACUGUGAAGAGCCCGAAAGGAGAGAGGGAAUCUGCGGCAGUUCCAGUACGCACGCACAUACACAGCCCAGCCAUGAAACAGGGGCUCCUGGAUAUCAUGCGGAUGGGCAGAAAAUGCCGCAUGGUGCUCGCUACUUGCCUGGGAUCACUUGUUCUGGUCAUCUUUUAUUUCCAAAUGAUGCGCCGGACACCAUUUGGGAUGGACGUCUGCUGCAGGAAAGGAUCAAGGAGCCCUCUGCAAGAACUCUACAACCCAACCCAGUAUGAAUUCUCAAGCACGGAAGUCAUGCAUCAGUUAAGAAGAAACCUGGUUGCACAGACGUGUCGAGCAAACAGUGCCAAGAGCCGCAAGCGUCGGGUUUUAACACCCAAUGACCUCAAACAUCUGGUGGUGGACGAGGAUCACAAGCUGAUCUAUUGCUACGUGCCCAAGGUGGCGUGCACAAACUGGAAGAGGGUGAUGAUGGUGCUCACAGGCCGUGACAAGUACAGCAACCCAAUGGAGAUUCCGGCCAAUGAGGCUCACAUCCCGUCAAACCUGAAGACUCUCAAUCAAUACAGCAUCUCAGAGAUCAACCACCGGUUGAAAAACUACCUGAAGUUCAUGUUCGUACGCGAGCCCUUCGAGCGGCUGGUGUCGGCCUACAGGAACAAGUUCACCAGAAGGUACAACACGUCCUUCCACAAGCGCUAUGGCACCAAGAUCGUCCGACGGCAGCGGAAGAAUGCUACCCGGGAGGCCCUGCGCAGCGGUAAUGACGUGAAGUUUGAGGAGUUUGUGGGCUACCUCAUCAACCCCCACACGCAGAGGGAGGAGCCCUUCAACGAGCACUGGGAGACCGUCUACUCGCUGUGCCACCCAUGUCACAUCCACUACGACCUCAUUGGGAAAUAUGAAAGCCUGCAGGAGGAUGCCAACUAUAUUCUGCGUUUGGCCGGAGUAGACAACUUAGUCAAAUUUCCUACCUACGCCAAAUCCACCAGAACUACAGAUGAAAUGACAGCUCAGUUCUUCCAGAACAUUAGCUCAGCCUUCCAAACUCAGUUGUUUGGCCUCUACAAGUUAGAUUUUAUAAUGUUCAAUUACUCUGUGCCAAGCUACCUGAAGUUGGCGUGAGAAUAUCCACCCAGUUUAUUUAAAAUUUUAUUUGUUAUUAUAAUGGCAUAAAAAAAACAAAUUUUCUUCUUGUAAAUGUAAUGAAGAUUUGCUAAUUUGCUGCGAGCAGCAAGAAGCGGAAUUUAUUUAAGUAACUUUGUAAAAAAAGAAUCUCUUUCUCUCUCUCUCCUGUUUCACAUUUGCCGUAUCCUUUAAAAAUGUAUAAUUCAGCACAGAUAAGAUGGGCCAAAGGGUCUGUUUCUGUGCUAUAGCACUCUACGACUCUCUCUCUCUCUCCCACUCCCACCCCCUCUCUCCCCCUCCCUCUCUCCCAUCUUCUCUCUUUCUUUCUCUCUCUCUCCCUCUCUCUUUCUUUCUCGAGGCAGAAUUAGCCAUCUAGUUUCAAGAAGUGCUUUGCUGUGCUGAUUUGCAGCCUCUGACUCAUUUGUGUAAGAUAAGAGGCUCUGUGAUUCCUGUUGGAGGUGUUUUGCCUGCAAAGGAUUCCCCAAACUCAAGGUUUAGUGAGGAACGCUGUUAAUAUCUCACCUUUAAUGUGUGCAAAUACUCUCUGGGGGACAAGACUGUAACAAAUGGCUUGUGAACUGCAAGGGAUCUUGUUUCACAUUUGCCGUAUCCUUUAAAAAUCAGCAUUUCAGCAAUUAGUUUCAAGUGUUUUUGGUGAUUUUAAACCGCAAUUACGGUCAAUUUUUCUUUUAAGAAAGCUAACAUAAAGCUUCUGUCAUCUGAUGCCAGGUCUCAGAUUAAUAACAGAUUGGUUUUUGAGUUACUUACAGCUCCUUAAAUUCCCCUUGUGCACACACAAAAAUUCCUCGAGAUGGCUUUGUCGUUCUUUCAGUGACUUCAUUUGCCCACAAAGCAUGUGAGAGAACCUCCCCCAAGGGGGCUCGUCCUUCCUUUGUGGCUGCAGGCCACAUCUAACAGCAUUUUCUGGAUAAUCUGCUCUCCUAGUCCUGUCUAACCUAUGGGUUUUGCUGUAGGGUCUUGCCUAGAUGGACAAGGGAGGAAUGAGAGUGUGUUAUAAUAAAACAAAACUGCAGAUGCUGGAAAUCUGAAAUAAAUCUGUAAAUGCUGGAAACUCCUAUAUCAGGCAGGUCAUUGAAAGAGAAACUGAAUGCUUUGGCUGGGAAGGCUCUUUGACUAUUUAUUAGAUACACCUGCACACCUGUCGUUAAUGCAAAUAUCUAUUCGGCCAUUCAUGUGGCAAUAACUUCACACAUAAAAGAAUGCAGCCAUAGCCAAGAACUUCAGUUGUUCAGACCAAACAUCAGAUUGAGAAAGAAAGACAUAUGAUCUUAAUGACUUUAACUAUGGAAUGAUUGUUGGUGCAAGAUGGGUUGGUUUCAGUAUCUCCGAGACUGCGGAUCUCCUGGGAUUUUCAUGCACAGCGGCCUCUAGAGUUUACAGAGCUAAAAACAAAAAAACAUCCAGUGGGCUGCAGCUCUGUGGGCAAAAAUGCCUUGUUAAUGAGAGAGGUCAGAGGAGAAUGGCCAGACUGGUCCAAGCUGACAGGAAGGCGACAGUAACUUAAAUAAUCACACAUAACAACAGUGGUGUGCAGAAGAGCAUCUCUGAAUGCUCAACAUAUCGAAACUUGAAGUGGAUGGGCUACAGCAGCGGAAGACCACAGACAUACACUCAGUGGCUACUUUACUAAGUACAGGAGGUAACUCAUAAAGCAGCAACGGAGUGUAAUUCUCUCCUCCAUCCCACCGCCCCACCCGAUGCUGCUUCAUCAGUGUGUUUUCAGUAUUUUCUGUUUCCUUUAUGAAAGAACAAGGUUACUGUUGUUCUCACUAAAUCCACACAAGGUAUCUCAACCCUGUGAAUUUUUCAAAGUUAUGAAAAGUCAAAGUACAUUUAUUGUAUGAGAUUCAUCUUCUUGCAGGCAGCCACACAAUAGAAUCCAUGAAAACCCCACAUGAUGAAAGACCGACGAACAUUCAAUGUGUGAAAGAAGAAAAGAUCAUGCAAACAAUGAAAAAAAUAAGCAGAUAAUACACAGAAGAUGAACUGCAGAGUUGCCAAAGGUGAGCCUGCAGCCACGGAGCCAGCUCAGCACUCAGGCAAGUGUAACUGGUCCAGAACCCAAGAGCCGCACCACCAAUCAUCCAAUGUCCAAUCCCUGGUACAUUGUUCAAUUCAACUGCUGUUUGAACUCAACUGUUGAGAUGUAUUUUAAAAUUAAAGUGAUCUUUUUAAGCUGUGAAGCACAACUUUCAAAAAUGACUCUUGAGAACUAGAUACUCCCAGGAGACUAAUGGUCAUAGAGAUAUAUCCAUAUCUUUAAACUAGACUCGAUGACUCGAUAUCCAAACAGUUUAAAAUCCCAAGGUACGCAGCUGGGCGAAGAAUAGAUGUUCAUUAUUGAGUCAUAAUAUUGACAUGUUUCUUUUAUUCUUGGGAUAUCUCAGGAAAGGCCAGUGUUUAUUGCCCAUCCCUUACUGCCUUUAAGAAGUGGGGAGAUUUCUCCUGCAUGUCUGCCAUCUAAACACUGCUUCCACGGUGCUUUUAGAUAAAGUGUUCCAGGAUUUUGACCCUACCUUGAAAGUGCCCAGGAAGGAAUGGGGCGGAUGCAGCUUCAAGAGGGCAGCCGAUGUGAUGUUCUGCUUGCAAUUGGAUUGCCAUUGACUCCAUUCUCAGUAUGGAAGCUCACGAAAUAGGGACUCUAGACUCCGGCACCAAUAUUUCCAUAACGAUCUCCCUCAAGGACCUCAGCAUGGCUUUGGUGGAUACUCCGGGUUUCUUUGCUGAACUCUUCAUUGAGAUGCAAGGGAAACCCAGAGUGAUGACUCUGGGCUCGGAUACAUGAACUACAGCAGAGCGCAGCUCUCUCUUAAGUGAAUAGCACACACUGAAAAGAAAAUGACAGAUAGCAAGACACAUUUCAAGCUGGUUAUUCCCCUCCCAUCAAAGAUUGACCCAGCUGGGUGGAAUUUCUGGUGACUCCCACUGCCUUGCCAUUGGGAAUGUGCUGGACAAGGGUCUUCAUGCCUCGGUUUGGUGUUUCUCCUGAUCUAUAACCAGAGCAGGGGAGAAUUACCUACCCUCACCACAGCCCCCACAUCUGCGCACACACCGAUAUCCAGACCCACUGACAGAAACUCCGGAUGGUUUUGGCAUCCGUAAGACAUCCACAAAGUCAUCGAAGAUUUAUGAUACAGAAGGGAGCCGUGUGGUCCAUCCUGUAUGUGGUGGUUGAGAAAGAGCUGCAUUGUCCCAGCCAGUCUUCCAUCUCAUGGUCUGUAGCCCUGCAGGUCAUGGCUCUCCAAGUGCUAACCCAAGAGCUGUGGAGGGUUUCUGCCUUGAUCUUCUCUUCAGGCAGUGAACUCCAGACCCCACCACUCUCUGGGUGAGAAUAUUUUUCCUCAAAAACCCUCUAACCCUUGUCCAGUCACUUUACAUUCAGCAGCUUCUCAUUGCAUCUGUCUAGAUUAGUAGAUUAGCAAGGUUAAUUCAAUGCACAAACUGUAAAAUCCAAUUAAAACAAUGUGAAAAUGUUUUACUUUUGUCUAUAUUCCUAUUGUAUUAAUCAUUCAAACUCUACAUCUUAGUUCACAUUUCAUUCCUUUAAUUAAUUUGAGAACAUAUUUAAAGUACUUUGUUAAAUAUUUGUUCGAUAAGGAUAGUUUUUGCAAACAGUUUGAUUAAAUGGACCAUUGUUACUUAAAAUGAUGUUAAUAUCUGAUGGGUUAUUUAUGUUCUGAAGAGGUUUGGAGCAAUGUCUAUUUCAAUGGCAGCCACUAUUUAUUUCUUGUUUGUGUGCAGAAAUGAGAAUGUGUAAAUUUGAAGAAUCGGUACUGGGCUCCAGCUAUUUAUUUUUGCAGGUGAGGUUUGAUUCAAUUUCUCUCAUUGCUUCAUCACUCAUCAGUUCCAUCAGUCCAUCAGACACAGGAUAAAAGUGAGGCCAUUUGGCCCAUAAAAUCUGCUUCGCCAAUCCAUCAUGGCUGAUUUAUUAUCCCUCUCAACCCAAUACUCCUGCCUUCUCCCAGUUGUCUUUGAUGCCCUGACCAAUUGAAAAUCUAUCAACCUCCACUUUAAAUAUACCCAGUAACUUGGCCUCCAUAGCCAUCUGUGGCAACAGAUUCCAAGCUUUACCACCCUCUGUCUAAAGAAAUUCCUCCUAAUCUCUAUUCUAAGGGAAAGUCCUUUUAUUUGAAACUAUACCUCUGGUCCUAGAUUCUCCUAUUAUUGGAAGUAUCCUCUUCGUGUCCAUUCUGUGUAGGCCUUUCAAUAUUUGGUAGGCUUCAAUGAGAUUCCCCCCCCCCUUCUAAACUCUCGCAAAUACAGACUCAGAGCCAUCAAACACACAACUUCAUGUGUCAACCAUUGGAAUCCUGGGAUCAUUCUCAGGAACCUCCUCUGGACGCUCUCCAAUGCGAGCACAUCCUUCCUUAGAUAUGGGGACCAAAGCUGCUUGCAGUAUUCCAACUGCAGUCUAACUAUCCAGUUAUGCCCAUGUGACUAACUAACCCGUACGUCUUUGGAUUACGGAGGGAAACUGGAGCACCGGGGGGAAAUGCAGUUGUGGGGAAACAUGCAAACUCUUUACAGACUUUGGCAGAAUUGAACCCAGAUCGCUGCCCCUCUGAAAGCAUUAUGCUAACUGCUGUACCACCAUAAACACAAAAUACUCUGCAGACUCUGGGGUCAAAGCAACACUCACAACACAUUGGAGGAACUCAGCAGGUCGAGCAGCAUCUGUGGAAACGAUCAGUCAACAUUUCGGUCCUGAUGAAGGGCUCUGGCCCGAAACGUUGACCGAUUGUUUCCCCGGAUGCUACCCGACCUGCUGAGUUCCUCCAGCAUGUUGUGAGUGUUGCUACACUGCCAGGCUACCUGAAAAUAAAGUCUCAGCAUUACAUUUUUACUUUUAUAUUCUCGUUCUCUCAAAACGACUGCUAGCAUUAUAUUUGCCUUCCUUAUGACUGACUCAAUCUGCAAGUUAAUCUUUAGUGAAUCCUGCACUAGGGCUCCCAAGACCCUUUGUAUCUCUGAUUUCUGAUUCUGCUCCCCAUUUAGAAAAUCUUCUAUGGCUUUAUUCCUUCUCCCAAAGUGUAUGCCAUGCAGUUCCCUCCACUGUAUUCUAUCUGCCAUCUCUUUGUCCAUUCUUCCAAUCUGUCUAAGUCCUCCUUCAGAUUCCCUGCUUCCUCAACACAACCUGCCCUUCCACCGACCUUUGCAGUAGCUGAAAACCAGGCCACAAAGCCAUCAAUUCCAUCAACCCUGUCUAUCCUGCCUGUUAUUUCUUCAGCAAAUUCCAACAGAUCUGCCAGGCAAGAUAUCCCCUGAAGGAAACCAUGCUGACCUUGACUUACUUUAUCAUGUGCCUCCAAGUACACUGAAUCCUCAUCCUUAAAAACAGACUCUACAUUUUCCCAACUAGUGAAGUCAGGCUAACUGGCCUGUAAUUUCCUUUCUUCUGCCUCCCUUUCUACUUAAAGGGUGGAAUGACAUUUGCAAUUUUUCUGUCUUCCAAAAUCAUUCCAGGAUCUAGUGAUUCUUGAAAGAUGCCUCCACAAUCUCUUCAGCUACCUCUUUCAGAACCCCGGGGUGUAGUCCAUCUGGUUCCAGUGAUUUAUCUACCUUCAGAACGUUCAGAUUCCCAAGUAUCAUCUCUUCAUUAAGAGUGACUACACUUCUUCCUCCUGACAUGCUUGAAUUUCUGUCAGGCUACUGGUGUCGUUCACAGUGAAAACUGAAACAAAAUACUUAUUCUGUUUGUCUACCAUUUUUUCCCCAUUACUACCUCUCCAGUGUCAUUUUCCUACAGUCCAUUGCCCAUUCUUUUACUCUUCAUAUAUCUGAAAUAAGUUCUGCUAUUCCCUUUUAUAUUAUAGUCUAACUUACCUUCAUAUUUCAUCUUCCCUGCCCCCCCAUAGCUUUUUUAGUUGUCUUCUGCUUUUAAAAGUUUUCCAGUCCUCUAACUUCCCACUAAUUUUUGCUAUAUUGUAUGCUCUCUUGUGCUUUUACGCUGUCUAUGACUUCCCUUGUCAGCCAUAGGUGCCUCACCCUCUCUUUAGAAUACUACUUCUUCUUUGGGAUUUAUCUACCCUGCGCCUUCCAAGUUGCUUCCAGAAACUCAAGCCAUUGCUAUUCUGGCAUCAUCCUGCUAGUAUCCCCUUCCAGUCAAUAUCGGCCAGCUGCUCUCUUCCAUGCCUCCACAGUUAUUUUUACUCCAUUAUAAUGCCAAUGUAUCUGAUUUUAGCUUAUCCCUCUCAAAUUGCAGGGCGAAUUCUGUCAAAUUAUGAUCUAGGCCUCCUAAGGGUUCCUUUGCCUUAAGUUCCCUGAUAAAAUCUGGUUCAUUACACAAUACUGAAUCCAAUAUAGGCUUUCCCAUAAUGGGAUCAACCACAAGCUGCUCUUAAAAACCCAUCUUUUAGGCAUUCUACAAAUUCUUCCUCUUUGGAUCUAGCACCAGUUCUAUUUCCCAAAUCUACCUGCAUUUUGAAAUCCCCUUGACCAUCAUAACAUUGUCCUUUUUACACGCCUUUCCUAUCUCCUACUGUAAUUUGUGUUCCACAUCCUGGCUGUUGUUCAAAGGCCUGUGUAUAAUUCCCAUCAGGAACAUUUUGCCCUUGCAGUUUCAUAACUCUACCCACAAGGAUUCUACAUCAUCUAUGUCACUACUGUGACUUCAUUUUUUACCAACAAAGCUGUGCCCACCUGCCUGUCCUCUCAAUGUGAUGUGAAGCUCCCAUCUGUGACCUUCUUCCAGCCGUGAGUCUGUGAUGCCCAUGUCAUCCCCUAACUUGUCUUCCCAAUUUCCAAUUUCUCAGUAUCUUGAAGCUUACUGUGAUAUAUGUAAAAAUAAAUAUGGACCAGGACUUCCUUUGUGCUUAUGCUGAAAUACUAUGUGAAUGAAGUUGGAGCCACAUCAAACAAUGACUUACACCACUCUUAAAAAAAGAAGAGGAUUUCCCUGAUUUCAGGUAACUUAAGAGAUCUUGUGACGUUAUUCUCUUUGAAGAGAAUGCUAUUUUCGUACAUGCAUCCACUGAAAAGUUACAAGAACAAGUAAUUUAAUAUCUUUCAUUAAAUUUUGUACACUGUAAAUGGCUUACUCCAUUUUGUUCCCUGUCUAUCUAGCUAGAUGUUAUCUCCUGGGUACUACCCUGUUACUGAUUGCCAGUAAUUGUGACAUGUUUGUUUAGUCAUGCCACCUUUUUUAAGAAUUUCACUUGAGCCUAAUUAAUUAUUUUUCUAAGUAACUUUCAUUAAAAU